UUAUUGGUAUGAAUGAAUGAGAUAGAGUUGGAGGAGAUUACGAAGUGCAGAAGAGAAAACAGUGAGUCACAAUUAGAACUUAGAAACGUGUCGCUCAAAUAUGUAACUCGUUUUCUCAGCUGAAACGAGUUAAAUCGGAACAACUCACUCUGUUCUAAAACCUAAUUCACCAUGAAUUCCUUACUCACUUCUUCAUUACGUGCUGCUUUCCCACACACUUCAACAACAACUACAACUAAAUCUUUCAAUCUUCUUCACAAACAACAACGCCAUUUUCUCUUCAUCUCUUCUAAAUUCAAAUCACCCCAAUUCAUUUCAUCUUGUUCCUCUUCCUCUAAUGGAUCCAACAACCUUUCAGACGAACCUUUUCUUCAAAAUGAUGAUGUUUUUCACACUCAAGUCGCAAAUCCUCAAGUUUCUUCCUUCAAUUCUCCUAAGCUUAACUUCAGUGACCAAGCUUUCUUUCUUCUCGCAUUCAUUGCCUGCACGACUUCAGUGGCAUUCACUGGCCUGGUUUUUGCUGCCGUUCCCGCCCUAUUUGCAAUGAGAAAUGCUGCAAUAUCAUUUUCAAAGCUAGCCGAUACAGCUCGUGAGGAACUUCCUAGCACCAUGGCUGCUAUGAGGCUUUCAGGGAUGGAAAUAAGUGAUCUGACACUAGAAUUGAGUGAUCUAAGCCAGGAAAUAACAGAAGGAAUCAGCAAGUCAGCUCAAGCUUUGCAAGCAGCAGAAACUGGAAUUCGACAUAUCGGUUCAGUGGCACAAAAACAAACGAUAUCCAUGAUUGAAGAGAGAGCGAAUUUGCCCGAAAUAUCUUUGCAACCUGUUGUUGUAGGAGCUGCAAGAAAGACUUCUAGAGCAGUUGGCCGAGCAACAAAGAGCUUGAUGAACAUGAUUUCAGGAAGGGAAAGCACAAAAGAAAAUGAUGAUGAGGAAACGUACAUAUGAGAAAUCUGAUGAGCUCAAUUAAAUUAGUUCAGUGGUGUGCAUAUUUAAUUUGCUUAAUGUGUCCUAAUAUAGUGUGGGAAGGUAUUGAAAAGUAAUGGCAAAAUUUGAAUAUCUUCGGUUAUAAUGUAAAGGGAUGAUGAGCUUGUUACGUGUCUUGAUACUGUGAGAAUGGCUACAUAAAAGAAGUGCAGUGGCUCUUUGAGUAUAACAGCAACCUACAGGCUACAAGCCAUUUUUUGAGUCUCCCUCCCUCCUCUCAUUGUAAUCUAGUAAUACAGAUGUGUCAUUUUUAUCUGAAGCAUCUAAUAUGAUCCCCAAUAAUUUUUAAGAUCA